AAGCAAACUCCACCACUGAAAGCCGAAUUCUCAUAAAAGCUCCCCUCUCUGCAAUCCCCCAAAUCCAUGGUUGAAACCCAAGAGAAAAACUCUCUUUUGAACCUUAUGAAAUGAAUUUAAAUCCCUCUUAUCGACCUCUCAAAAUCCGUAAUUUGUUCUCAAAACGGAGAUUUUGUUCUGCACUAAAAGUUCCCGUUCAAGAUAAUGAUGAAAAAGCCAAAGACACCCAAAUUAUUUCCAAUCUCAAACUCAUUUUACGUGGAAGACAAAGCUGGAAGGUCGCAUUAAACGACACCGAUUUCCUGAAGACUCACCACGUCGAGGAAGUCUUGAUCCAAACCUUGGACGACCCGAGGUUAGCUUUAAGGUUCUUUAACUUCCUGGGACUCCACAAAAACUUCCACCACUCACCCGAGUCGUUUUGCGUCUUGAUUCACGCUUUACUUAACUUUAACCUCUUCUGGCCCGCGUCAUCGCUUUUACAAACGCUUUUGCUUCGUGGGUUGAGUCCGAGUGAGGUUUUUGAGGCUCUUUCGAAGGCUCAUGAGAAAUGUAAGUUUCCUUCGAGUUUGGGUUUGGGUUUUGAUUUGUUGAUCCAAAAUUAUGUGCAGAAUAAGAGAGCUCUUGAUGCUUUAAUGAUAUUUAGAUUAACGAGGAAGUUUAAUAGUUAUUUGCUACCUCAAAUUAGGACUCUAAGUGCUCUUUUGAACGACUUAGCAAAAAUUAGGCAGUUCGGCAUUAUUUUGGAAGUGUUUGAUGAGAUUGUGAAAGCUGGUGUUAGGCCUGAUAUUUUCAUAAACACAGUGGUGAUUGGCAGUUUUUGCGAAUUGAAGGAUUUUGUUAGAGCUAAAGAAAUGAUUCAUCUAAUGGAGUCGAAUGGUACCGAGUUGAAUGUGGCGGUGUAUAAUGUGCUCAUUCAUGGGCUCUGUAAGAAUCUUAGGGUGUGGGAGGCAGUUGAGAUUAAGAAUGGAUUGGUUAAAAGGGGAUUGAAAGCAGAUGUUAUCACGUAUAAUACAUUAGUCCUUGGCUUAUGCAGAGUGGAUCACUUUGAUGUUGCCGUAGAGUUGAUGAACGAGAUGCUAAAGUUUGGUUUUGUUCCAAGUGAAGCUGUGGUUACGAGUCUAGUUGACGGGUUGAGGAGAAAGGGGAAACUUGAGAAUGCUCUUAGUUUGGUAAAAAAAGUAGGGGAAGUUGGAUUAGCACCUAAUUUGUUUGUUUACAAUGCAUUGAUCAAUUCAUUGUGCAAAAAAGGGAAAUUUAACGAAGCAAAGUUGCUUUUCAAUGAAAUGGGAAGAAGGGGCUUGCAUCCAAAUGAUGUUACUUUUUCUAUUUUGAUUGUCAUUUGUAGAAGAGGUGAAAUGGAUGUUGCACUUAGCUUUCUUUGUAAAAUGAGCGGGGCAGGAAUAAAAGCAACAGUUUAUCCCUACAAUUCUUUGAUCAGUGGGUACUGCAAGUUGGGAUAUUUGAAUUUGGCAGAGUCUUUUCUCUAUGAGAUGAUUAGCGAAGGAUUGCAGCCAACUGUGAUAACUUACACAUCAUUGGUAAGUGGAUAUUGCAAUGAAGGAAAAUUGUGUAAGGCGUUUAGGCUAUACCAUGAGAUGACAGAGAAGGCAAUUGCUCCAAACACGUAUACAUUUACUGCUCUUAUAUCUGGCCUUUGUCGGGCAAAUAUGAUGGAUGAGGCAAUUAGAUUGUUUGGUCAAAUGGUAGAGAGAAACAUUAUGCCAAAUGAGGUGACAUACAAUGUUUUGAUCGAGGGAUACUGCAGGGAUGGUAACAUGGUAAAAGCCUUUGAAUUGUUCAGCGAAAUGGUAGAAAAAGGUCUUGUGCCUGAUACAUAUACUUAUAGACCUUUAAUAAGUGGUCUUUGUUCUGUUGGUAGAGUGUCCGAAGCCAAAGAGUUCAUGGAUGGUCUUCAUAGAGAUCAACGUAAGUUAAAUGAGAUGUGUUAUAGUGCACUGCUACAUGGUUAUUGCAAGGAAGGGAAAAUAGAGGAUGCAUUGAGUGCUUGUCGUGACAUGGUUGAACGAGGCAUUGAUAUGGAUCUUGUAUGCUACGGCAUACUUAUUGAUGGAACUCUAAAACGGCACGACACAAGAAGGUUACUUGACCUUUUAAAGGAGAUGAAUGAUCAAGGAUUGAGCCCUGACAAUGUGAUAUACACGAGCAUGAUUGAUGCAAAUGGGAAAACCGGAAAUCUUAGGGAGGCUUUUGGGCUUUGGGAUAUUAUGAUUGGUGAAGGAUGCAUCCCUAAUGUUGUGACAUAUACUGCUCUGAUAAAUGGCUUAUGUAAGGCAGGUUUCAUCGAUAAAGCUGAGCUUCUUUGUAAAGAAAUGCUGGUCAGUAAUUUGCUUCCGAACCAGAUAACAUAUGGAUGUUUCAUCGAUCGUGUCACUAAGGAAGGGAAUAUGGAGAAAGCUGUAGAUCUUCACAACGCAAUUGUUACAGGGGUUUUAGCUAACACAGUCACUUACAACAUACUUAUCCGUGGCUUUUGCAAGUUAGGAAGACUUGAGGAGGCCAUGGAGCUUUUAGAUGGAAUGGCUGACAACGGUAUUUUCCCAGAUUGUAUUACUUAUUCAACUAUAAUUUAUGAGCACUCUAGAAGAGGUAGUUUACACGAAGCUAUUCGGUUGUGGGACUCGAUGCUAAAUAAGGGUAUAAUGCCAGAUACACUGGCAUAUAAUUUUCUGAUAUAUGGUUGUUGCGUUGCUGGAGAAUUGAAUAAGGCUUUUGAAUUACGCGACGACAUGUUUAGAAGAGGCGUUAAGCCAAACAAGGCUACGCAUGAUACUCUUGUUCGUGGAACUCGUUUGAAGUAUUCAUAUUCGAACAUUGACAAGUAGACUGCAUGAAAAACAUGUUCAUUUUGAAUGAUACGCCAUUUUACAGGAUGAGAACCAAGUUAAUUCUUUGCCGAGCAGAAGACGACUGCAUGAAGUUUAGGCGAAGACUCGGUCUUAUAUAGCUCGAAAAGAUAGUACACUAGAUUUCUUUUUGUGUGGUGUACCUUGUGAACUGAGAAGAUUGUGGGGCUUUGGGUGAUGGAUGGCAAAGGGUUCACCGGAAGCCUCACC